GGGCCACGCCCAGGGAUGUCGGGGGAUAUCAGGGAAUGCCGGGGGGGAUGCCCGGCUCCAGACUCGCUCCAAGACACCCCCACGCCCUGCGGAGUCCGCCGGGGCGGGCGGCCCCGGACUACAUUUCCCAUCGCCGCCGCGGCCGGGGGCGGUGCGGGGCGGUGCGGGGGGCGCGGAGCGCAGGCGGAGGCGCGGAGCGGCGCAGGGGCGGCGGGGCCCGCUCGGCCCGGCUCGGCUCGGCUCGGCCCGGCCCGGCUCGGUGCCGGGCGGGGAUGCGGGAGGGGCGGCCCGCGGCCCCGGCCCCCGCUGCCCGCCCGCACCGCCCGCACCGCCGCCACCAUGAAGAAGCAAUUCAACCGCAUGCGCCAGCUCGCCAACCAGACCGUGGGCAGAGCCGAGAAGACUGAAGUGUUGAGCGAAGAUCUCCUGCAGGUGGAGAAGCGCCUGGAGCUGGUGAAGCAGGUGUCCCACAGCACCCACAAGAAGCUGACAGCAUGUCUGCAGGGCCAGCAGGGCGUGGACGCCGACAAGCGCUCGAAGAAGCUGCCGCUGACAACGCUGGCCCAGUGCUUGAUGGAGGGAUCAGCUGUGCUGGGAGAUGACUCCCUGCUGGGGAAGAUGCUGCGGCUGUGCGGUGAGGCCGAGGACAAGCUGGCACAGGAGCUCAUCCACUUCGAGCUGCAGGUGGAGAGGGACGUCAUCGAGCCCCUCUUCGUGCUGGCUGAGGUGGAAAUCCCGAAUAUCCAAAAGCAGAGGAAGCACUUGGCAAAGCUCGUGCUGGACAUGGACUCCUCUAGGACAAGGUGGCAGCAGUCCGUGAAGUCCUCGGGCCUGGCCAGCAACCUGCAACCCUCGGGCGCCAAAGCCGACGCUCUCAGGGAGGAGAUGGAGGAGGCAGCCAACAGAGUGGAGAUCUGCAGGGACCAGCUCUCGGCCGACAUGUACAAUUUUGUGGCCAAAGAAGUAGACUAUGCAAACUAUUUCCAAACUCUCAUCGAGGUGCAGGCCGAGUACCAUCGCAAGUCCUUGGCGCUCCUGCAGAACGUGCUGCCCCAGAUCAAAGCCCAGCAGGAGGCGUGGAUGGAGAAGCCCUCCUUUGGGAAGCCCUUGGAGGAGCACCUGGCCGUCAGCGGGCGGGAGAUCGCCUUCCCCGUGGAGGCGUGUGUGACCAUGCUGCUGGAGUGUGGGAUGCAGGAGGAGGGUCUGUUCCGAGUGGCUCCCUCGGCCUCCAAGCUGAAGAAGCUGAAGGCAGCCCUGGACUGCUGCGUGGUGGACGUGCAGGAGUACUCAGCUGACCCUCAUGCCAUCGCAGGAGCCCUCAAGUCCUACCUGCGAGAGCUGCCGGAGCCCCUCAUGACGUUUGAGCUGUAUGAGGAGUGGAUCCAGGCCUCCAACAUCCCAGAGCAGGAGAAGCGGCUCCAGGCUCUCUGGAACGCCUGUGAGAAGCUGCCCAAAGCCAACUACAACAACAUCAGGUAUGUGAUUAAAUUCCUGGCCAAGCUGACUGAGUACCAGGACAUGAACAAAAUGACACCGAGCAACGUGGCCAUCGUGCUGGGGCCCAACCUCCUGUGGCCACAGGCAGAAGGGAACAUGACGGAGAUGAUGACGACCGUGUCGCUGCAGAUCGUGGGCAUCAUCGAGCCGCUCAUCCAGCACGCCGACUGGUUCUUCCCAGGAGACAUUGAGUUCAACGUGACAGGCAACUAUGGCAGCCCCAUGCACGUCAACCACAACGCCAACUACAGCUCCAUGCCCUCUCCGGACAUGGACCACGCCGACCGCCGGCAGCACGACCAGGCGCGGCGGCCCCUCAGCGUGGCCACGGACAACAUGAUGCUGGAGUUCUACAAGAAGGAUGGCCUUAGGAAAAUCCAAAGCAUGGGCGUCCGGGUGAUGGACACCUCGUGGGUGGCUCGCCGAGGCACCUCCGCGGGUCGCAAGGCAUCCUCCGCCCCUCCGUCCGCCCAGCCCCCCGCGCCGCCCGCCGAGCUGCCCCCCACGCCCCACUCGCCCAUUCCCGAGCAAUCGCCGGAGAUUUCAGCCGCGCCUUCCCCGCCUCCCACCAGCUUCGGCUUCCCGCCGGGAACCGAGCGGACAAGGUCUGCUCCGUUUUGAGGUCCCCUCCCUCCACGUCCCCCCCGACGCUGCCCAGUGCCGGGACCCGCCGGAGGCAGCGCAGAGACUCUCGGGGCCGAGCCUGACCCCCCGGCAGGAGGAGGAGGAGGAGGAAUCAGAGAGCACAGCCCUAUGACAGUGUCCCUGUCCCCAAGCUCAUCCGUGCGGCACCCAGGGGCCAGCACCGGCCACCGGCACCGAGGGGCCACGGGCGCGCCAGUUUUGGGUGGCAGAGCGCCCGGUUUGGGGGCGGUCGCUGUUCUUUAUUUCAUUUUUUUUCGCCUUAUCCAGACUUUGCCUUUCGACCGGGUGCCUGCUCCCCCCACCCCACCCCGCAGCACCCUCCGUCCUGGGGUGACGCCACCACCUCCUCCGUGCCCCGGCGGGCGGCGGGUGCCGCUGGGUACCAGCCAGGUGACAACGAGCUCGGCGCUUUGCAGUGGGAUUUCGUUCCUUCGGCUUCUUCCCCCACCGCUUGUUUGCCGGAGCAGGAUGGGACCUGACCAGCAAUAACCUGGGCAUGUGCAGGAUGUGGCCCCGCCGGGCUCUCGGGGUGCUGGUGGGCGAGGGGUGCACGUCCCUUGGCACCCGCUGUCCCUGUGGGUUGGUGGCUUUGGUCGUGCAUGCACAGACAAAUUAACCUUUUAUCCUUUCCAGAGAGAGAAGAUUCUAUAUAUAUAUAUAUCGGCAGAGAUAUAUAUAUAUUAUAUAUUUGUAUAUAUAUAGAGAGAGAAACUAUAGAGAGAUUUGUUUUAUUUGGAGCCAUUCCCGCCCAGCCGGUGCGAGAGGGAGGAUGGAAAUGGCAGCGCUUCGCCCCCGCCCCGCUCGCGCCGUGCCCCUCGCCCCAGGUGGGCACCCGGGGGGCACCAGCACCCCGAAGCAAUCAAUAAAUCCAAUAAAUCCGUGUGCCACUCGCUGAGAACUGC